AUGGGUAAUUCUUUCGGAUGCUCCGCUUCCGGUGAGAGGCUUGUGUCGGCGGCGAGAGACGGUGACCUUGUGGAGGCUAAGAUGCUCUUGAACUGUAAUCCUUGUCUUGCUAAAUACUCUACGUUUGGGGGGCUUAAUUCUCCUCUUCAUUUUGCGUCUGCAAAGGGUCAUAACGAGAUUGUUGCAUUGUUGCUUGAGAAUGGAGCUGAUGUUAAUUCAAAAAAUUAUUCUGGACAGACGGCGUUGAUGCAAGCUUGUAGAUAUGGUCAUUGGGAAGUUGUACAGACACUUCUACUCUUCAGAUGCAAUGUUAUGAGAGGAGAUUAUCUCAGUGGGAGAACAGCUCUUCACUUUGCAGCAAUGAACGGCCAUGUAAGAUGUAUUAGACUUGUUGUGGCCGAUUUUGUUCCGAGUGCGCCUUAUGAAGCUUUACGUGCUCGCUCAAAUGCUGGCAAUGGUGGUGGAUCAAAUGUGAGAAGCAAAAAUGAAGAAAGUGCUCUGUCGAAGUUUGUAAAUAAGACAGCAGAUGGUGGUAUCACUGCCCUACAUAUGGCUUCGUUAAAUGGUUACUUUGAUUGUGUGCAACUGCUACUUGAUCUUGAUGCAAAUAUGUCUUCUGUGACAUUUCAUUACGGAACAUCAAUGGAUUUAAUCGGGGCUGGAAGCUCUCCUUUGCAUUAUGCUGCUUGUGGGGGUAAUUUAAAAUGCUGUCAGGUUCUCCUUGCAAGAGGUGCAAGUCGAAUGUCUUUGAAUUGCAACGGGUGGCUGCCGCUUGAUAUUGCUCGGAUGUGGGGCCGUCAUUGGCUUGAACUGUUGUUGGCACCCAGUUCUGAUGCCUUAACACCCACAUUCCCUCAUUCAAAUUACUUGUCCUUGCCACUCAUGAGUGCUCUCAACAUAGCAAGAGAGUAUGGAUUGCAAUCCUCUACAACUUCCUCUGAUGAGAUUGACUUUUGUGCCGUAUGCCUGGAGAAGCCAUGUUCGGUGGCAGCAGAAGGAUGUGGACAUGAACUUUGUGUCAGAUGUGCACUCUAUCUUUGCUCGUCGAGCAAUGUUUCUUCUGAAACCGUUGGCCCUCCGGGCUCUAUCCCUUGCCCGCUUUGUAGACACGGAAUCGUCUCAUUUGUCAAGUUGCCAGGUUCCCAAGCAAAAGAAAAUAAAUUACACGUGUCUCUUGGACUCUGCACGCCGUGCAUGCUACAUCCACGUGACGUAGAUCAGCCGUCUCUUUCUCAGGCAUCAGAGACCCAAAGAAACUGUGUCGACUCUGUUCCUUCAGAGUUACUCUGCCCUAUCACAUGUAGUCCGUUUCCAUCUAUGACAAUACCUAUGUGCACCUGCAACGACGGUUCAUGUCCAUCAUUCGAACCACGCAACAUAGAAGCACAAGACGAACCGCCUCGUCACUCCCAAGCAUCAACAACGGAUCAUGAUAAACUCGAAGGCCCGAGACUGGAUAAAACAACUUGCUCAAACAUGCUAUGGGGUAGAAGAAGUUACAGCAGGGAGAACCAAUGCAAUUCAGAAAUAAAUGCUUGA